UUUGCUACUUCAGAUAGUAGCAAAACAUUCAUUAGAAAAAUUUCUUGCUGUGAUUGCUGAAAGAAUUGCUCUUCUUUGCUCUAAGUAUAUUUCUGCCAAUAAUUGUAUUAGUUAUUAUAAUCUAAGAAUUAUAGAAGUUAGAGCUGAAAAUGACAAUAGAGACCUUCAAAAGAAGAUUUAGAGAGGCUAAAUAAUAUGCUCAGAAUCACAGAGUCUGUACACAGUACACUUGGUUGAAACCAGUUCCCCAAAUUCAGUUCUUUUCUCCUUCUAUCUCUCGCCAUUAUGAAAUAAUGAUGAAGAAACACGAAAACAUCCUUGUCUUUUAUUCCCCCUUUUCUAGAUUCGAAGUAAACUAUCAACCACUCUUUUGUGUUUGCUAUUUACAAAUUGCAGCUACUUUCAUUAGUAUAGCAAUGAUCCUUAAAACCUGACAACUUAAAUAUAAUUUCAGAUAAAGCAAGGUAUAAAGAAGAGUCAUUCAGGCUAAUUUUACACACCCAAAUUGUUAACUAGAUUGCAAAUUCCUUGAGAGGAGGGACUGUUUCAUUUUUGUAUUUGUAACUCGAAGACUGAGUACAUCAAGCUUACUCCUGAAGACUGCAUUCUCAAGCAGCUUGAUACCUCCCAAAUGGGUGGUUUAUUCUCUCAUUUGUCAGCAAUCUUGGCAAGGCAGAGUAGUAAGUAAACCCUUAAUUCUUCAGUGAUCCUUUCAGAACUUUUCCCUGCCGUGAUCACUUUAAAAACAUUUUCUCUUCCUGACAGUUCAUUUCAUCCUUGUCCUUAUCUUUCUUCUUGUCAUCCACAAACCUGUUCAUCCACCCUCCCCACAAGCCUAAUUAAUCCAUUUAGUGUCCAGACUCAUAGGCUUCUUACCCUCAAUCUUUAAUUCCUUCAAAUUCAUUGUUUUUCUAGAUUCUGAUCCUCUAAAGUUCCUAUAGCUUCUGAUUCCAUUAUGCUAAAAAUGUUAGGAUUAAUCCUAUCUCUGCUUCCCCCCUUCCUUACUUAAUUCCUAAAUUUACCCCAUGUACCAGAAAUCCUAGUUAUGACUCUAAUGGAAUACUUUCAUCCCUGAAGGAAUACAAAGGGCUUCUUGCCAUUGGGCCCUCUUUUGUCUAGAUUUUACACAAGCAAAUGAUUAAUCAUUAGUAUUCACUUUGCAGAUGAAAAUUCAUCUUUUCUUAAUAUACUGGAUUAAAAGAUUAUAUACAUAUAAGAGGAAAAGAUCUGAUUCAUCUAAUAGUCACUGAUAUGAGCAGACAGGCUUGGGCAUGGGGCCAUGCCUGGCAGGGGCCUCAUAUGUGGAAUCCUCUUCCCUUUACAGAGUCUUUCAAGGUCCUGUUCAAGCUACAUUUGUUGUUUACAAUGUGCAAAACACUACUAGCUUCAGGGGAAUUGCAGAGACAUAUACGUGACAUAGGUCCUGCCUUCAAGUUCUGAAUCUACCAUUGGGAAUACAGAUUGAACCCAGAUGACUGCAAGAAAAGUCACAUAGAUGCCUUAAAAGCAGAUAAUAUGAGGUAUAGAAGUCAAAGGAGAAGCAAAUCACUCCUAGAAGAGGUGGUCUAGGAAGGAUUCCUACCUAGAGGUUUUAUAAGACAAUAGAAAUUUGCUGAUGAAUUAUGCAUGUUUUGCUGUCUGAAUGAAUUUGUUUUAUUUUGUGUUUCCCCAAAACUCCCAAAGAUGGGUGCUGCAUCGAGUCAACCUGCCACAACAAUGGGUGCUGCAGCGAAUGAACCUGCCACAACAUUCCAUGAUGAUGCCCUGAGAAUUGUACUGGUUGGAAAAACUGGAAAUGGAAAAAGUGCAGUAGGGAAUACCAUCCUGGGGAAGGAAGUUUUUAUAUCUAAAACUAUAUCACAUUCAGUGACCCAGAUCUGUGAAAAAGCAGUUGGAACCUGGAAAGGGAAAGACCUUACAGUUGUUGACACACCUGGGUUGUUUGACACAAAGAAGAGUCUAGAAACCACUUCUAAAGAGAUCAGUCGCUGUGUCAUCUUUUCUUGCCCAGGACCACAUGCCAUCAUUCUGGUUCAGCAACUGGAUCGAUACACUGAUGAAGCAAAACACACUGUCUCUUUGAUUAAGGCAAUCUUUGGGAAGUCAGCCAUGGACUAUAUGGUCAUCUUGUUCACUCGGAAAGAUGACUUGGGAGAUGGGACCCUAGAUGACUUUGUAAGAAAUUCUAAUGAAGAUCUCCAAAAUCUUGUCCAAGAGUGUAGUGGAAGACACUGUGCCUUUAAUAACAAAGCUGAAGGCAAUGAAAGAGAAACACAGGUAAAGGAGCUUAUGGACAUAAUUGAAAAAAUGGUAAAGGAUAAUGAGGGGAAAUACUAUUCAGAUGAAAUAUACAAGAAAACUAAUGAGUCACUGCAAAGACAAAGAGAAGUCUUCAAGGAAAUCUAUACUGCACAAAGAGAUCGUGAGCUGAAAAAUAUAGAGGAACAAUAUGCUGACAGAUAUCCUCUGACAGAAGAGGAUCAAAGGGAAAAGGAAAAACAAAUAGAAGAGGUAAACAAGGAUUAUGAGAAAAAAAUGAAAAAUAUAAACACAGAUGCUGAGAAGUCUGUAUUUGGCCAAAUUGUUCAGUAUGUGAGGGAUAAGAUUUCUCAAAUUUCUGGUUGGUUUAGAAAAUAAUGAUCCAUUGAUUUCUUAUAAAUGGUGAUAUCUUGGAUGUACAGAAUUAUAACAUUAUGAAAUGGGUAGAAAUAGGUCCUACUUCUCUUCAUGUCACUGAGAGAAGUGAUUUUUAAAUGAAAGAGCAUUAUAUGUUGGGGAUAGAGCCCCUACUGGGGAUUUUCCAUAUUAUAUAACUCCCAGAAUUGAAUUCUGCACUUGUUUUGCCUGAUACUUUAUUUACCAUGUGCCUAAGAAGUAGGCUCUGACACUUCAAACACUUUAUGGAAGCAAGUAGCUAAUUAGUCAUGAAUAAUUCUGUACAUAAAUAAGAAAUGGCACCGUUUAGCAUGGGAGAAAUGUUUAUGUAGUAAGGAGGACCAGGAGUUGGUCAUGGUCCUAUCAUCAUCAUAGAAGUCAGAUUACUCCUUGGACAGCUUUCUGACUCCUUACUGUCCUGAGUCUGACAUGAUAUUAUUCUCCCAUAUUUAUUAAUUCUUUUUAUGUGUCACCUCCAUACUUAACAAAUAAACAAAAAUUAUUCCAUUUUCCUCCUAAACAUGGCUUUACUUUUCAUUUGUGCUCCUGUUCAGCUACUAAGAACUCUUUGCUUUGGCCUAUAGGGAAUAUAAGCUCCCCAUUAGCAGGUAUUGUUUCACUCAUUAUACUUGUAUUCCCAGGACUAUCUACUAUAUAGCAGAUGUGUAAUAAAUGCUUGUUAAUGGUUGUACUUAGCCAAGUUAUGUCACUGAUAUGAGACAUUAUACUGCCAUCUCAUUGACUGGGUUCUUCAAAGACCUGAGCUCCAUAUAGCUUUUCUUUCUCCUCCCCAAUUCACUAAAUAGGAGAAGUUAUUGCUAAAACUGAUUGGGUUAACAAGGGAAAAUAGAAUUAUCUUGAGAUUUAAAUUCCAUGGAAUAAGUAUUGUACUGUGACUAGAGAUAGUUGAUUAUACCUUGUGAAGAUGGAAGGAUGCUUCAUUAAGGAAAUAAACAUUUAUAUAAUCUAUUA